AUGCUCACUCUUGCGGCUCUCUCCCUCCUCUCUGUGGCUACGGCCCAGAAGGUCGGAUCUGACACUCCCGAAGUCCAUCCUUCCAUGACCUGGUCCAAGUGCACCAGCUCUGGCUGCCAGCAGGUCAACGGCGAGGUCGUCAUCGACGCCAACUGGCGUUGGACUCAUGACAGCAGCCUCCAGAACUGCUACGACGGAAAUGACUGGACUAGUGCCUGCACCAGCAACACCGACUGCGCUGAGGAGUGCGCUGUGGAGGGUGCCGACUACUCCGGCACCUACGGCGCCAGCACCAGCGGCGACGCUCUCACUCUUGACUUUGUCACCACGCACGCCUAUGGCACCAACAUUGGAUCUCGUCUCUACCUGCUAGAGGAUACCAACACCUACCAAAUGUUCAACCUCCCUGGCAAUGAGCUCUCCUUUGACGUUGACCUUUCCACUGUCCCCUGCGGAAUGAACAGCGCUCUGUACUUUGUCGCUAUGGAGCCCGACGGUGGCAUGAGCAGCUACCCCGUCAACGAAGCCGGCGCCGAGUACGGUACCGGCUACUGCGACGCCCAGUGCGCCCGUGAUCUCAAGUGGAUCGGCGGCCAGGGCAACUACGACGGCUGGGUGCCGUCCGAUACAGACGCUAACAGCGGUGUUGGCGCGCUUGGUGCUUGCUGCACUGAGAUUGAUAUUUGGGAAUCCAACUCUCACUCCUUCGCCCUGACCCCCCACUCUUGCGAGCCUGGCUUCAAUGAAUACCAUGUUUGCGAGGAUGACUCGUGCGGUGGCACCUAUUCUGACGAUCGCUACGGUGGCCACUGUGAUGCCGACGGCUGCGACUACAACCCCUACCGCCUCGGCCGCACCGGCUUCUACGGUGAGGGCAAGACGGUCGACACCAGCAAGCCCUUCACGGUUGUUACACAGUUUGAGCUCGACGGUCUGCGUCAGUUCUUCGUCCAGAACGGCAACACUAUUGAGAUGCCGGUCCCGACUUUCGACGGUCUUCCCGACAGCUCUGAAAUCACCGCUGACUUCUGCGACAAUGUCUUCGACGUCUUUGAUACCCGCUCUCGCUACAGCGAGGUCGGUGGCUGGAGCGCCAUGGAGGAGGCUCUCUCGACGCCUUUGGUCCUAGUCAUGUCCAUCUGGGCUGACAACUACGCCAACAUGCUCUGGCUUGACGGCCUCUACCCCCGUGACAGCGACCCGAGCGAGCCUGGUAACCUCCGCGGCGACUGCCCAGCUAGCUCUGGCGUUCCUUCUGAGGUCAUUGACACCUAUCCCGACAGCUACGUGACCUGGUCCAACAUCAAGUUCGGCCCCAUUGGCUCCACGACCGGGGACGACGCCUCCACCCCCCCGUCGUCCACGACCACCGCCUCGGGCUCCGAGCCCACCAACCCUGGCGGCUGCCAGUCUCCCAAGUGGGGCCAGUGCGGCGGCAACGGCUUCAGUGGCUGCACCACCUGCGCCUCUGGCUCUACUUGCACCCGCGUCAACGACUAUUACAGCCAGUGCCUGUAA